AUGACUGCAUUGCUGCGGAAGCAAUGUUUUGCAGGUCUAGCGUCUCCUCGCAUUGGUGCUGUGCCUGAUUGCAAAACGUCCCAGCAGCAAGGCAAGACCAGCGGAUGUGCAGAGCUACGCCUGCCUCGAAUGAGGCCCAUCCAUGGCUUCAGUGAGCACCGGCCACACGGAAGCGAGGCUCGUCUGUGGAGGAUGGGAGGAUCAACUUGGCUGAGCGCAGCGCGGGCUAGAGGUGCUGUCAGCAAGGUGUUCUCUGGUGCGCACUCGAGCCUCCUUGCUUCGCGUGUGAGAAGCAGCAGAGGCUUCAAGGUGUUGGGAACGCAAUGA